AUGAAGAACCAGGGAGAUGACAUCAAGAAGCUUGAAUCCCAAAUAGGAUUUCUUUCACAGCAAAUUCCUAAGUCCACAGAUAGCUUCCCAAGUUACAUUGAGAAGAAUCCAAGAGGAGAAACAAAGAAUGUGAAAUGGAAAGAGGGCAAGGCAAUCACUCUAGGAAGUGAAGAUACUUUGGAGAAAGAAAUUAGUAGGCCAUUAGAGCACAACCAAUGGGUUCCAAAGGAGAAUUUGGAAGGGAUAAAACAAAGAAUUGACCCUGCACAAAGGAAGGAACUAAUGGAGAAGGAAAUCCUAAAACCUUAUGUACCAAAAGCACCAUUCCCCCAAAGACUCAGGGGUGGUGAGAAAGAGAAGAAGUAUUCUAGGUUCCUUGAUAUAUUUAAGUCUCUUCAUAUCAACAUUCCCUUCAUUGAAGCCCUCCAACAGAUGUAUUCAUAUAUUAAAUGCAUGAUGGAGUUGCAAAUCAAGAAGAGUACCUUGAAGGGUGGGCAAACAGUAGUGAUGACUAAAGAGAGUAGUGCCCUCAUCCAGAAGGACUUGCCUACAAAGAAGAAGGAUCCAGGGAGUUUUCACAUCCCUUGUGCUAUAUGGGAUAUAAUGAUUGACAGAGGGUUUUAUGAUCUGGGAGCAAGCAUAAAUCUAAUGCCUCUGUCUCUCAUGAGAAAGCUGCAAAUUAAUGAGUUGAAAUCCACAAAUGUAAUCCUUCAACUGGCUGACAAGACCCAGAAACAAGCACUUGGAGUGGUUGAAAAUGUACUGGUGAAGUGA